AUGCCGUCGCGAGUGGAAGUGAGCGACGACAACUAUGCCAUCUCCAGCAAGGGCAGUCGCAAUGACACGGGCUACCUAACAGCCCUUCCCCCGGAGAUCCUGCGAGAAAUUCUCCAAUAUGUAGGCGCCGACGAACUCAGAGCCAACAAUCUGGACAGGCUACUCAUCAGCAAAUACUGGUACUGCAUUGCAUCAGCAGUGCUGCUGGAAGAUGUCAAACUCUCCGCGACUGGCUUGACGAAAUUUCUCGCACUGCAGAAGCGAGAAAUGGCUACACCGGGAAAUAGUGGACCGGAGCAUCAACCUCAAUAUAAGGAGGUUACGUGUACACGAGCAAGAACGGUAUCAGAAUCGGAAUCAGAACUAGUGGAUGGGCCCAUUGGCCCAAUAUCAACUCGGACAUCGAGUCUCGCUAUCUGUCUGACCGGCUACUCAGGAUGGGCCGCCCAUAUCGACCCCGAGACGCACCAGAUUAUCCCGGAGAGAUUCAAGAUCCUCGCGGACUGGACCGAAAAGACAAGAGCAGAUAUGAAUCGUCUUUCCAGUUGGUUGGGCACAUUGAAAACUUUGACCAGAUUCCGUUUCCAAGCCGAAGGAGAAUUGAGUGUGCGCACCAUUCCGGAGAAUCUAUUCGAGCAUAUGAAGAGUUACUUACACGCGGAUGCAAUUGCGCUUAUGUGCAGGAGUAUCCCUGUCGAACGUUUGAGGGUUCUGGAGUUGGACACAUGCGGAUCGGCGUUUCUGGCGCGAGGUGUGGAUGGUGCUAAGCCAGGACAUGCUUCGGAUAGUGAACAUAUCUGCCCUCUUAUCGGGAGGUAUGUGCCGUACCUGCAGCAACUGAGGGUGAGGAUGCAUCGGAUCUGCCCGGAGGUUUUUGGAGUUGGUAACAAGAAUAAUUUGCAGUAUACAACAGCGCGGAAGGAGUUUGUAUUUCAUCUGAGCCUAUGCCUUAUCUCCAAGGCCACGGUCCUGUAUCCAUGUUUAACCCGUUUGAUCUCGUGGCCGAUGGAUUGUCGAACUGGGGAUACCAAGAUGGUGGACAGUCAGGUGGACUGGUUGGAUAAUGAGGACGUGGUUUUGAAGAUAGGCGAUCUCCUCAUUCAACGUCUGGAGUGUGCGUGA